AUGGUGUCUCCUCGCGUGGUGUCUCCUCGCGUGGCGUGUCCUCGCGUGGCGUGUCCUCCUGGACUCUGGACAUCUCAGCUCGUCUUCCUUCAGCUUCUUCUCGCACUAAGCGCCUUCUCCUCCGCCGACAUCUGCCUCCAUCACCCGGCGCAAUGCUCCGUCCUCUCGCAGAUGCCACGCACGGUGCGCGUCGGUGCGAUCUUACCGAGCCGGCAGCCGGCGCGGAUCCAACACGCGCUCAGCCGGGCCCUGGCGAGCAUCCGUCACCAGAGCGCAGGGGCGGACUCUUCAACCUUCAACCUGACCCUGGAGGUGGUGACGCGGUCGCCCGCGGGAUGGGACCCGGAGUCGUUGUUCCACAGCACCUGCCACGACCUGCUGAUCAGGGGGGUCUCCGCCGUGCUCGCCUUUCCACGCUCCAGAGAGGAGCUCAUCCAGCUGGAGUUCCUGUCUUCUGUCCUGGAGAUCCCUUUCAUCUCCAUCUUGGAGGACACGGAGCCUCUUGUGACUAAGAACCAAUUUCACCUGCAGAUAUCGGCCCGUGUGCCUCCAUCGAGUCUGGGAAGCUUGCUGCUAGCCAUCCUGCAAGGUGGGGAGAGGGACAGGGACCAAGGCAACCAAGGAGGUGGCAGCUGGGGAGGAGCAGCUGUUAUCUGUCCAGGCUGGGAUGAAGGCAGUGAGGGUUUGCUGACCCACCUACAGAGGCACAGUGGUUCUGUCUGGCAUUUGUGGGACAUCAUUAACCUGACUCGCAUCACCAGGGGCAAGGGAGAGGUCAGCAAGGAGAAAACGGAGGAUCAAAUGGAAAAAGAGGUUUUGAACAUGAUCUCCACCAGCUUCCUGCACUCUCCCUCACCUAUUUCCUCUGUGCUUCUCCUGGGAUCUGACCUGGAGUGUCUCUCGUCUGUCUUGCGGGUUGCUCAACACCUUAUCGCAUCUCUACCUGCACUGCAAUGGAUCAUGGGAUACCCUUUGUCUCCAGAUUCACUACACACUUUAGGAGGUCCCCUGGGACUGUUAGCCUAUGGGGAAAUCGGUCGUAAGCCAAUAAGCUUCUACAUACGGGAUUCACUACAGCUGAUUAUUCAAGCAGUCACAGCGGCAGCCAUGCUGAGGCCAGACUUGGCACUGGUUCAGAAUAUACUCGACUGUUAUGACAAACCAAACCAACUUGAAGUGCCCUCAUCUGGACACAUUCUUGCCAGGUUCCUGUCCAACAGUUCCUUCACUGGUUCCACAGGACUUAUUCAAGUGGAUGUGGAUGUCUCCCGUAUUCUUUCCUCCCAGCUAUUUCAUGUAUGGAGUUUGAAGAGAGGCACUCUGGGCCAGCCAGCUUGGGUUACUGUAGGACAGUGGACACGAGACCAACUGGAUUUAGAGGCAGGAAUCAUAGGACUGAUGGGAGGGCUUGGUAACAGCCAGGGUCAGGGUCUGGGAGCAGGUGUGAAGGGAGUAGAUGACUCAAGUGACAGUUACAUGGGAGGUCGCUGGAGGCCGGGACUUUCUGUUGAGGGACACCGCCUUCGGGUAGUGACACUGGUGGAACACCCAUUUGUCUUCACACGAGAGGUGGACGAGGAUGGAAUGUGUCCAGCAGGUCAACUCUGUUUGGACCCUAAAACCAACAAGUCCAGCAUCAUCAAUGGCCUCUUUAACCAGCUUCACAGCCCUAACCACACAGCAAUGAACUGGGAGGGAAUUGAUUUACCAGAGGACUUCAGAAAAUGCUGCUACGGGUACUGCAUCGACUUGUUGGAGAAACUGGCAGAAGACAUGGGCUUUACCUUUGACCUUUACAUUGUUGGAGAUGGGAAGUAUGGAGCACUGAGUGGGGCCGGGCGCUGGACUGGGCUUGUGGGCGACCUGCUGAGUGGAAUUGCGGACAUGGCUGUCACCUCCUUCUCCAUCAACUCUGCCAGGAGUAGAGUCAUUGAUUUCACCUCACCUUUCUACUCCACCAGCCUGGGCAUUCUGGUUCGAAGUCACGACACUGCAGCUCCCAUCGGAGCUUUUAUGUGGCCUCUCCAUUGGUCUAUGUGGGUGGGCAUUUUUGUCACAUUGCACCUCACAGCACUCUUCCUCACCUUGUAUGAAUGGAACAGCCCCUUCGGGAUGACACCCCACGGCAGGAAUAGGCUGCGUGUGUUCUCCUACUCUUCUGCCCUCAAUCUCUGCUAUGCAAUACUCUUCGGACGCACUGUUGCCACCAAGACUCCUAAAUGCUGGACAGGGCGCUUCCUAAUGAACCUCUGGGCUAUUUUCUGUCUGCUGGUGCUGUCCAGCUACACUGCCAACCUUGCAGCAGUCAUGGUUGGGGAAAAGACCUUCGAACAGGUUUCAGGAAUUCACGAUGAAAAGCUGCACCACCCCUCGAUUGGCUUCCGCUUUGGGACAGUGAGGGAGAGCAGUGCUGAGGAUUACAUGAAGAAGAGUUUUCCAGAGAUGCAUGACUACAUGAGACGCUUCAACCAGCCCACCACCCCAGAGGGUGUACACAUGUUAAAGACAGAUCCUCCUGCUCUGGAUGCUUUCAUCAUGGACAAAGCUCUGCUGGACUUUGAGGUCUCCAUUGAUGCAGACUGCAAACUGCUCACAGUGGGGAAACCUUUUGCUAUUGAAGGCUAUGGCAUAGGCCUUCCCCAGGGCUCCCCUUUAACCCGUAACGUGUCAGAGUUUUUGAGUCGCUAUAAAUCUGAUGGCAUCAUGGACAUGCUACAUGACAAAUGGUACAAAGUUGUACCCUGCGGAAAGAGAGUCUUUGCAGUCACUGAGACUUUACAGAUGGGGAUCCAGCAUUUUUCCGGGUUGUUUGUGUUGUUGUGUAUGGGGGUUGGCGGAGCCUUGCUGACCUUGGCAGGUGAACACACCUUUUAUCACCUGGUCAUACCCCACCUCCGGCGCUCGCCAACUCUGCAGUACUGGCUACACACCAGUCAGAAAAUCCACAGAGCUCUUAACACUGCAUACGAGGAUGCUGGGAAGGAGCUGACCGGCCUCGACCAGAACCCCUCCUCGUGUAUUUCAGAGAACUGCACCCUGCACAGGAAACAGCCUCAGCCUCCUCCACCAUCUCCUCCUACAUCCUUCCCUGCCUCCACCACAGCUGGAGACACUGACAACUCUUCGCCAUCCCAUGACCAUAAGGAGAAACGUGUCCACUUUGACCUGGAAACACUUCACUGUUACCGCCUGCACACACAUACUGCAUCGGUGCGCGGCCGGCCCGGCAUGGUUGGCCGCCCAGGGCUUGGCCUCAGAGGGUUAGGGUUAAGCAACCUGGAGGGUUUUGCCACUCCACCUCAGGUCAACCUACAUGCCAAUGGGGGCCCUGUCUUGACCCUAGUGUCCACAGGUUUGGUGCUCUCUCCCCUGGGGAACAGGGCUGCUCAAACCAAACAGUGGGAGGGGGAGCUCCAAGAGCUGCAGGUAAAAAUUGAAAUGUUCCGCAACCAGCUAAGGGAUGCUCUGGCCAGGAGAGCUGAGAUCCAGAGCAGCCUGGAGAGAGAAAGGAACGUGCUGAUAAGCAGGAACACCAGCAUGGAGAGAGAUCAAGACAAACAGAGAAUACAGACUAUUAACAAAGACAGAAGUAGUUCCACUCAGUCCAAACUCCCUGAAAGAGACAUAAGCCAGCUGAAAAUCCUAAAUAAUCUGCAGACUGGGGGGGUGAAGCCAUCAAGGAGCCCUGGGACUGUCAGGAGGGGAAGAAGCAGUCAGCUGAACACAGUGAACAGUUUAGACAGAGGAAGAGUCAGUCAAUCACAACCUCUUGUUACUUUGACAAGGAUUGUCGAAUCAUGCACUUCUGCUAGGUUGCAGCAAAGUCAAGUCAACCAGCAAAGUGCAGGAAACAUCAUGGUCCAAACAAGAAACACUUCCAGCUUGGACAGACAGAAGCCUAGCCUAUUACUCACUCUGAAAACUUUGGACAGGACAAAAGCCAAUCGGUCACUUGUAAGCAGUGAGACCUAA